CGGUGGCGAGCACACAAGCCGCCUUCAGAGACGCGAGGUGCGGAGCCGUCGCUGCUGCCUGCGGAUCCUGAGUUGGAGGAACCACCUCUCUCUCUGCGUCCCCGGAGCCACUAAGAUGCUGUCCUGCCGCCUUCAGUGCGCGCUGGCCGCCCUCUCCAUCGUCCUGGCCCUGGGCGGUGUCACCGCAGCGCCCUCGGACCCCAGACUCCGUCAAUUUCUGCAGAAGUCUCUGGCUGCUGCCGCGGGGAAGCAGGAGCUGGCCAAGUAUUUCUUGGCAGAACUGCUGUCUGAACCCAACCAGACAGAGAAUGAUGCCCUGGAACCUGAAGAUUUGUCCCAGGCUGCUGAGCAGGAUGAGAUGAGGCUGGAGCUGCAGAGAUCUGCUAACUCCAACCCUGCCAUGGCCCCCCGAGAACGUAAAGCUGGCUGCAAGAAUUUCUUCUGGAAGACUUUCACAUCCUGCUAAUUUGAUUGAUUGUACCUGUCAGACCUCUGAUCUCUCUCCUCCAGACCCUCUUUCUCUUCCCUAGUCCCUCAAGUCUUCAGCAAGAUCCUGGCAUUAGAAAUUGAAAAAUGUAAAUAUAAAAUAAAAUUGUGGUGAAAAGUUGAAAA